CAGGCUCUGAAAGCCACGGAACCGGUUAGACGUCUCAAAACCCGGAAGACAAGCGUGUAAGAGAUGGGGAAGAACUCUCUUCAUUUUAUUUGAUUUAACUUUAAGAAAUCGCAAAACUUGGAUAUCUGUCGGUCGCUUUAGCUUUGAUCAGGAUGGCAGCGUCCGCGAUCUUUAUCCUGGACCUGAAAGGCAAGGUGAUCAUAUGUCGAAACUAUAUGGGCAAUGUAGACAUAAAUGUGAUUGACAACUUCUUGCCCAUAAUGAUGAAGAGCGAAGACGAUGCUGAUUUGUCACCCGUGAUUACUCAUGGCUCCACCCACUUCCUGUGGAUCAAGCACAGUAACCUGUACUUGGUUGCAAUUACAAAGAAGAAUACUAAUGCAGCCCUUGUGUACUCCUUCCUGUACAAAAUCGUUGAGGUGUUCACAGAAUACUUCAAAUCGGUGGAAGAAGAGAGCAUACGGGACAAUUUUGUGACUGUAUAUGAGCUGAUGGAUGAGGUCAUGGAUUUUGGGUUUCCUCAGACCACAGACAGCAAGAUCUUACUAGAGUACAUAACUCAGCAAGGACAUAAGCUGGAGGUGGGUGCACCACGGCCCCCAGCUACAGUAACCAAUGCUGUUUCUUGGAGGUCAGAGGGCAUCAAAUACAGGAAAAAUGAAGUCUUUAUGGAUGUCAUCGAGUCUGUUAACCUAUUGGUCAGUGCUACAGGUGGGAUUUUGCGGAGCGAGAUUUUGGGCAGCAUAAAACUCAAAGUGGUUCUCUCAGGCAUGCCUGAGCUAAGGCUGGGAUUAAAUGACAAGGUCCUCUUUGAGAUCACUGGCAGGCCAAAAAACAAGUCCGUGGAGCUGGAAGAUGUAAAGUUUCAUCAGUGUGUACGUCUCUCACGCUUUGAGAAUGACCGGACAAUCUCUUUCAUCCCACCCGACGGAGAGAGUGAACUCAUGUCUUACAGACUUAACACCACGGUGAAGCCUCUUAUAUGGAUUGAGAGUGUAAUAGAGAGAUUCUCUCACAGUCGAGUAGAGAUCAAGGUUAAGGCUCGCAGUCAGUUUAAGAGCCGCUCCACUGCCAACAAUGUAUCCAUUCUGGUGCCUGUUCCCAGCGACGCUGACUCGCCCAAAUUCAAGACCACCACAGGUCAAGCUAAAUGGGUUCCUGAGAAGAAUGCUGUGGAGUGGAACAUUAAAUCGUUUCCUGGCGGGAAGGAGUUCAUGAUGAGAGCUCAUUUUGGACUACCAAGCGUGGAAAGCGGUGAACUUGAAGCCAAACCACCAAUCACAGUGAAGUUUGAGAUCCCUUACUUCACAGUCUCUGGCAUUCAGGUGCGAUACUUGAAAAUUAUCGAGAAGAGCGGAUACCAGGCAUUACCAUGGGUGCGUUACAUUACUCAGAGCGGAGAUUAUCAACUGCGGACCAAUUGAGAGAGGGCACAUGUCAGACAUCAUCCACAUGUGUUGAAUCUUUCGUCUGUCAUGUUUCAUCAGUGAGACAGCAGGUGCCCUGCACCCAGCAGACAGACUGCUGAACCCGUCCUCUUUAUUCUGCGCUUCUGGAUCUGCACAUCUUUGGUCCAAGAUCAGGAUUUUAAAAUUCAGACGGCGAAACUACUGAGGAACCCUGUCAAACCACUGUUUUUUAUGUAAACUUAUAAAUAAUUUAAAUUUGGUUUAGGUGUAUUCAAAGUCUAGUAAAAUAUAUGUCUAAUUUAUGUUUUCUAUUUAGACUCUUACACAUUUUCGGGACCUGCUAUCUUUUCUUAACUGUUUUACUGUAGGUGAUGGGACUUACAUUAUGUCUGUUAAGCUGCAUAACCUAAAGCCCACUGAAAUGAAUACCUUGUGCUCAAAAUCAAUGAUUAAUAAGGCGGUGUACUGUUUGGACAGCACUGUAACACUAUAUUUUCACCACAGUAGCCCUGUAUGACUUCAAAUGAACUAAUGCCUGGACGAACAAACGCACUGACUACAGAAGCUAUUUGUAGGGAUCAAUCAUAGAUGCAAUGUUUUCACAUUAAGAUAAUGAUAUUAACCAUGAAUGUGUUUUUGAGGUUCUCACUUGUAUGGCCGAACCUGAGACUGAGUGAGACUGUUAAUGUUUCUGUGCAAAAUACUGUAGCCUUUAACCUAAUAGCAAACCACCAACAUUUAUGUUGAUGUGUGCGAGGCAGCUGCAUUAACUAUCAUUGCAUUUUAUUUGUUUUAAACCACAGUUAUUACAUUUUCUUGUAUAUUAUAAUGUUUACACUGCCUUUAUUCAGCAUGCACCACUUAAAAUCAGUGUGGCGUAUGCUCAGACUACUGCCGAAGCAGACACAAGCAGACGAAUAUUAUUUGUUAUUGUCACGUCAAAACGCCUCCCCCAUCAUUUAUUUAUCAAAGGUCAAUGGCUUGAUAUUUAUUUCACCCUGUUGCUACUAAAAUAUGUAUUUUUUGGUGUAUUUUAUUGAUAACCUUUUUGCUCAAUACUCGACAAAAAGGUCAUUGUGAGAAAAUAAAUGGGUUUUCAUUA